AUGAGUCCGUCGGUGCUGCCCACGAUGCUUCCGGCGUCGACGAAGCUCAACUCGUGCCGGUGCGCAGGCGGGUGCCGCAACGGCCGCUGCGCGUGCGUCAAGGAAGGCAGCAUGUGCGGCGUGACGUGCCGGUGCACGUCGUGCAAGAACCCGUUCUUGUCGAUCGCGAUGGCCGGCAUUGACGUCUCGACGCUCGUACGCGACGACUGCUUCAUGCACAACCUCUCCAAGAUCCGCGACAUGAUGACCAAGCUCCACGAAGUCAUCCCGGUCCCGUGCUGCCCGAGCAUCGCGUCCAACCAGAACGUCUCGAUCCUCCAGUGCAUUGACGGCUUUACUUGCGCGGGCUGCGCGAAGAGCUAUGACUUUUCGUGGUGCUCCAACAAACUCUGCGACCGCGAGAAGGCCAAGCGCAACCACUGCGCCAAGUGCAAGCGCUGCGGCGACCACCGCGACGUGCACUGCGACGACUGCGGCCGCUGCUACUUUGCCGGCGUCUCGUCGAGCUUUGCGUGUCCUUGCACGGAGAAAGCGUCGACGUCGCCUGCCGUCGACGCGGCCGCCAAGCCCGGCGACGACGAAGAGGAAGGCUGUGUCAUCAUGUAG